AGCGAAAACACGCUGAUUAUUUUAGGCCUAAUUAGAAACAAUUUGCUCAAACCCGUUAAUUAAAUGGACAUGGAUGUACCUUAUGACGUAAAAUUUCAGUCACUCACAGAUGAAAAGCUGCAGGGGUUUGUUGCAGAAAAGGACAGUAAGAGUACUAAAAGCAUAAUCAGAGGAGCUGUAAAAGUAUUUGAGGAAUACUGCACUGCCCAAAGAGUGAUUAUGGAUGACAACGUCGAAAAUCUCGCCAGUAUUCUAGGCAAAUUUUAUAUAGAAGUUAGACAGACAAAUGGCGAAAUGUAUACCAAAACGUCAAUGAUUUCAAUAAGAUACGGACUGCAACGACACUUUCAAAACACACACGAUAUAGACAUUGUAAAAGACAAAUCAGAAAUAACUCUUUGCAUUUGCAAAUUCUCAUAG